AUGCAGGCCCUAAGCGUUCCUAUUUUACUGUACGUCUUCGCCAUCGCGUAUGGAUUCCCCGAGCCCCAAAUUGUCGGUGGCACAGAUGCACCAAUCGGUAUGUUUCCAUACCAAGUCUCCCUGAGACAAUAUGACAGACAUUUCUGUGGUGGAUCCAUUAUUAGCUCCAGAUACGUCCUGACUGCAGCUCACUGUGUCGAGGGAAUAUAUGAUAAAUCGAGUGUCACCAUCCAUGCUGGAACGAAUGUUUUGAGUUCGAAGGGCGAAAGUUACGGAGUGCAGAAAAUUGUUUCUCAUAGCGGCUAUGACUCAAGUCUUCUUAUAAACGAUGUGGCUAUAAUUCGCGUCAACAAAGAGAUUGAAUUCAAUGAUUUAGUACGACCGAUUCCACUGGCUGCGGGCAACAAUACUUUCGAAGGAUCAGAGUGUACUUUAUCCGGAUGGGGCAGAAUUAAAGCUGGAGGACCUAUUCCAGACAAGUUGCAAUAUAUAACCCUACUCAUUGAAAGCGAAGCAAAGUGUAAACGAGCACACGAUAAUGUGGAAAGUUCUCAUAUCUGCACAUUCACCAAAUUUGGCGAAGGAGCAUGCAACGGUGACUCCGGUAGUCCUCUCGUUAUCAAUGACCUACAAGUUGGUAUUGUAUCAUUUGGAAUGCCUUGUGGUGUUGGUUACCCUGAUGUCUACAGUAGAGUAUCCUCAUUCACGACUUGGAUCAAGGAACAGUAUACUCUCCUUCAGAAGGACGAAAUUGCAGCACAACCGGAAGACAUCAUUUUCGUUCCCUAA